CUGGAUACAUAAAUUGACUGUGUUUGAGUUGGAUUUUACUUGUUUACUUUUGUAUUUUUCUGAAUUUUACAAAAUUGUGAACUGAAAUAUGUUUCUAACCACAGAUUUAUAUUUUUUAAAGUAAAAUGCAUGAGUCUUUAUGUGAAGUAUUAUUCAUCGGAAGGAAAAUUUACUCAUUAUAUGUUUGUCAUUCAAGAACAUUGGAAACAGUUGGACUUUUACAUACUUUCUAUCCAAUUUCUGGAAGAUAUUAAAUGACAAAAUUGUUAACUGUAAAUUCGAAGAUUUGAGUGUUAAUUAGAAUUUUUUAAUGUAAAAUUAUGAUAUUCCAAAACUUUGUGUUCACGACUUUACCCAAUGAGGAAAAAAUAUCUUGCAUUGUGAAACUACCUCAAUUUCAGAAUUUAAAUGCAAAGUAAUUAUCAGGGACACCAUAGUAAAAGGGUGGACAAAAAUCUGUCAAUAUUCAUAUCAUAAGCUGCAAUAUUCAUACAAAUUAUCUGACAAGGAAAAUAUCCACCCAGUAUUGUGCAGUUCAAUAUAUGGUCAAAACAGUUGGAGCUAUAUAUAUGCCAGCUCCACAAUAUUGUCACAAUAAAUGACAACAAGGCUGUAGGAGAACUUGUCAAUAAAUGGACCUCAUAUCAUUGGAAUUUAUUUAACAGAGUGAAAAUUUCUAAAUAAAAACAUCUUUCAUAAUCUUGAUCUAUUAUCAGACAACUGGGCUUCAUAUGACUGAUUUGAAACGAAUAUGGCAAAUGUGACACACAACAAAAACACAAGCAGUGUGUUACUAGAUGGUGGGCAAGAUGUACAACUGCGGGAUACAUAUGAAACUGUUCUGGCUGUAUUUUUCCUUCUGAUAAUCAUGCUCACUUCAAUUCUCGGAAAUACAGCAGUAAUAGCCGUCAUCUGCCUCAAAAGAAGCAUGCGUAAAGAAGUCUCGAACCUUCUUAUCAUUAAUCUGAGUGUGACAGACCUUAGCAACACGCUCUUUGUUAUGAUGAGUGGUCUUGUUGCCCUGAUAUCUGACAAAUGGAUAUUUGGCCAACGAUGGUGUGAAUGUGUCUGUGCAAUUAAUUACUGCCUGAUAAUUGUUUCAAUGCUGACACUUUGUUGUAUAAGUAUUGACCGAUACCAUGCCGUCAUGCACCCACUGUCGUACCCACUACGAAUCACUCGCCAGAGGAUGUUACUCAUUAUCUCCUACACAUGGAUUCAAGGGAUCACUUUUGGAAUAGCACCAUCAAUAGCCGGAUGGGUCGCAUUUGAUUACUGGGAAGCCAUCUGUGCAAUACAAUGGCACAGUUAUCGACCUGAUUCUACCGUGUACGUUGUUAUAGCAUUUCUCAUCUGCUUUCUUAUUCCAGGGAUGGUGCUGGUAUACUGUUAUUCAAAAAUUCUAAAAGAAGUGAAAAAUCAGAAGGCUCAGAUCACAGUUAACACAGCAGGAAAUACAAGAUCCAUUGAAAAGAACAAGAAAAAAUUGUCUGAUCGCACAAAAAUUGUAUGGAGUCUACUUGUCGUAGUUUUAGCAUACUUCAUUUGUACAACACCAUUCAGUGUAACCAAAUUGAUCAAAGUGUUAGCUAAUGGAAAGGAUCCUAUCCCAGGUCCAAUAAACCUAGUAUCGGCACUUUUAGGAUACGUUGCAAGUGCAAUAAACCCUCUCAUUUACGGAAUCUUUCGCCGUGACUUCAGAACUGCCUAUAAACACUUACUUUACUUAGUGUUUCUACAGCGGAGGUUUUCAGAUGCACAAUCUUCAGACUUUCCCGACGGAAGUGGAACCGGCACGAUUUCUCAUGCAAACAAUCUCACAAUUAAUCACGACAAUGAAAACAAUACAGAAAGACUUGAACAUGCCCUUAAAGAAUUACAGACUACAUCCAAUACACGGAAAGAAACAAAACUUUCACCAAAAACUGUGAAAUUCUCAACAAACACCAAAUUGUCCAUACCAGAAACUGAUACUAAUUUAAAUGACUUAAAUGCAUUAGAACAUUCUAAAAUCGAGAACAGGCAAAGACCAGUUAGCGUUAUUUCAUGCAAACAUGUCAUGGUGAAAUCUGUGAAUGGUUCUAUUGAUGAAACGUAAAUGAAACUUGAAUUUCAUGUAUGUAGUAUUCAAGGGUGCUUAGUUUUUUUCUCCAUGACUGAAUAUAUUGUGUCCCCUCAACGUGAAAAUAUUAUCUAGUGUAAGUGACAUCAUUCCAAUAAGAUAUUAUGAAAAAUUGCUGAAUUAUAUGAGGAUGCUGUUUUCUAUGAUUUUGCUUAUCAGCCUUGAGUAUGUUUCAAAUAGUGUACUAUGAACAAUGUUUUAACUCAGGAGAAAAGUGUAUUGAUUUCAACUACUCAGCAAUUCCACAUACCUGAGUCAACAAAAAUAUAAA